CUUUGUUUUUACACUAUUAACCAUGCUGCGGCGUAUUGUGGCAACUGCAACUACCAUUCCACACCGAUCGAUUGUCCGUGCGGCAGGAGCUCCACGCAAUGUGUCUACCACGCGUAUCACAAAGCUGAAAAAAGAAGUAGCAGCUACUUCCGUCAAGCCAACCACAACAGCUGCAGCAACACCAAGCAGUAGUGUACCAGCACAAGGCAAUGUACCAAAAACGGACGAAUCCAGCUUUUAUUUUCCGGGUACAAAGGAAUUCGAUCAAUCACCGACAUUGCAAGACGAAGAGGUAGAAGGAGAGGAAAACAAAUUCAACUGGUCCAAGUCGUAUUAUGGAUUAUCGACGCAGCCGUUCUCGGCAGAAGUAUCCGAUAUACUCAUGCAACCACUAGAACCCGCCGACAUUGAGAUCAAACCUGAUGGAAUGAUAUACUUGCCUGAAAUCAAGUAUCGUCGUAUCUUAAACAAAGCAUUUGGACCCGGAGGAUGGGGAUUGGCACCUCGGGGUGAACAUUCUAUAUCAUCCAAGAAUAUUUCCCGAGAGUAUGCGCUGAUAUGUCACGGAAGAUUCAUUUCCCAAUCCCGCGGCGAACAGGACUUUUUUGAUAUCUCGGGACUGCCUACAGCGUCCGAGGGAUGCAAGAGCAAUGCGUUGAUGCGCUGCUGCAAAGACCUCGGUAUUGCAUCCGAACUCUGGGACCCAAUCUUCAUUCGCAAGUACAAGAAAAAGUACUGCGUCGAGGUGUGGGCAGAGCACGUAACCACGAAGAAGAAAAAGAAGCUGUGGCGGAAGAGAGACGAUACUCUGGACUACCCGUACAAAGAGCAAUCGUUUGCCUAAACACUCCUUACUACGCUUAGCAUCCUUUACAUCUGUCUCCAACGGCAACAACAACAACAAUCCACUUUCUUCCUCCCUCAAGUAUAAAUCGCAUGUUUCUGCGUGCUGUGUAUAAAAAAAGUUAAAUGAUUAUCUUAGAAAAAGAAAGCAUGACAAUUGUUGUGCUAUGUGAUGUGACCAUGUGGACCUUGUCCUGCUGUUGCUGCUGCUGCUAUUGGACUCCUGCUGGUUCUGCCUGUCCUGUUGUUGUCCUGCGUGAUGAAGAUAAUGAUGCUAUUCAGUACCAUAUAAAAUGAGGGGCGCAUACUGAACUUUCACUGCUUUCCACCUUUC